UGCUUUUAUGUACACAUGUUAGAACCCUAAUUCGCUAAACCCCCAAGCUUGAUUUUGCGGAAGAGGCAGUUGAUAACUGCCGAUGAAAAUGGCGGUUCGCCGGCUAUCUUCCGCAAAACCCGUUUCCUCGGUCUCCCUGUUCUCCCUCAAAUAUGACUCAUGCUCUCGCCUUAAUUCUCUCAAAACCCUGACAUCGCUAUCAGCGUCCAUCCAGGAACCGUCGGAUUCCGGAUUGGAUUCUUUCCUGGUGGAGAAGAUAUGGUUCAGUUUGAAGCAAGGUAACGUGGGUUCUUUGCGAAAUCAUCUGCUUCAAUUGAGCCCUUUAGCUGUUGUAGAGGUUUUGUACCGUUGUCGGAAUGAUUUAAAUCUGGGUCAGAGGUUUUUGGAUUGUGUCCGCUCCAAUUGUCCGAACUUCAAGCAUACUUCUUUGUCUCUAAGCGCCAUGAUUCAUGUUCUGGUGAGGAGUGGCAGAUUGUCGGAUGCGCAGGCUUGUAUUCUUAGGAUGAUUAGGAGAAGUGGCGUUUCCAGGGUGGAGAUCGUGGAUUCCUUAGUCUCCACAUAUAGUAACUGUGGUUCGAAUGAUUCAGUUUUCGAUUUGUUGAUUAGAACUUAUGUCCAGGCUAGAAAACUAAGAGAAGGAUAUGAAGCUUUCAGGGUUCUUCGAAGCAAAGGCUUUCAGAUUUCUAUCAAUGCCUGUAACAGUCUUAUCGGGGGAUUAGUGAGGAUCGGAUGGAUAGAGUUGGCAUGGGAAGUUUAUCAGGAAAUUCAUCGGAGUGGCAUUGGCAUCAAUGUCUAUACCCUUAAUAUGAUGGUUAAUGCGUUGUGCAAAGAUCGUAAAAUGGAUAGGGUGAGACCGUUUUUAUCAGAAGCGGAAGGGAAGGGGGUCUAUCCGGAUAUUGUAACAUAUAAUACGUUAAUCAACUCAUACUGUUGUGAAGGGCUAAUGGAAGAGGCAUUCGAGUUGAUAGAUUCAAUGUCGAGCAAGGGGUUGAAACCGGGUCUUUACACUUAUAAUUCUGUGAUAAAUGGAUUCUGUAAGAAGGGAAAAUAUGAGAGAGCCAAGGAAAUUUUCAGUGAGAUGUUGAAGGCUGGGUUGAAUCCCGAUACUACUACUUACAACUCAUUGCUGGUUGAGGUUUGCAGAAACAACGAUGCAACUGAGGCAGAAAAGAUUUUCGGUGAGAUGAUCUCAAGGAGUGUUGCUCCAGAUUUGAUUAGCUUUAGCUCAAUAAUGGGCCUUUUUGCUCGAAACGGAAAUCUUGGUAAGGCGUUGGCUUAUUUCGACAAUAUGAAGAAUGUCGGUCUUGUUCCAGACAAUGUGAUCUACACUAUCCUUAUCGAUGGAUGCUGCAGAAAAGGUAUCAUGUCAGAAGCUAUGAAUUUGAGAAACAAAAUGGUUCAGGAGGGUUGCGUUGUGGAUGUUGUCACUUACAAUACUAUUUUGAAUGGCUUAUGCCUAGAUAAAACGUUGGACGAGGCAGAUAAAUUGUUCAAUGAAAUGGUUCAACGGGGUUUAUUGCCAGAUUUUUACACUUUCACCAUACUGAUUAAUGGCCACAGUAAGCUUGGUAAUAUGCACAAAGCGAUGGACCUUUUCAAGAUGAUGACGCAGAGAAGAAUUAGACCCGAUGUUGUGACAUACAACACAUUGUUAGACGGAUUUGGUAAAGCAGGUGACAUUGACAUGAUGAAGAAUUUAUGGACUGAUAUGGUUUCUAAAAAAAUACUUCCAAAUCAUAUUACCUAUGGCAUUCUGGUUAAUGGAUUCUGCAGUAAUGGCCGUGUUUCUGAGGCAUUGCAAGUAUGGGAUGAAAUGGUUGGCAAAAGCAUAAAGCCGACACUUGUGAUUUGUAAUUCCAUAAUUAAGGGUUAUUGUCGUUCGGGUAAUGCAACGAAAGGGGAAGAAUUCGUGAACAAGAUGGUUUCCAAAAGCUUGGUUCCCGAUAGAAUCACUUACAACACCCUCAUAAAUGGCUUUGUUAGAGAAGAGGACAUGGACAAAGCUUUUGGUUUGUUCAACAAGAUGGAGAACCAUGGACUAUUACCAGAUGUUAUUACGUUCAACUCGAUCUUACAUGGCUUUUGCAGACAAGGUCGGAUGAAAGAAGCUGAGCUUGUACUAAGGAAGAUGAUCGACAAAGGUGUGGAUCCUGACAGGUCAACAUACACAUCAUUGAUAAAUGGGCAUGUCUCUCAAGACAACUUGAGUGAGGCAUUUCGGUUUCAUGACGAAAUGCUGCUUAGGGGGUUCAGUCCUGACGAUAAAUUCUGAUAUGUUACUUUGCUUCUUUCUGCAUAUGCACUUUGAGCUCCAGAACUGGACUUAAGGCUGGUGAAGCUGGGAACAAAUAGACAUUCGUGUGGAUCCUUCUUCAGUUCAAAGGAUUGUUUUUUACACAAUUAAUGCAGAUUCAAGAAUCACAACGAGGAAGCUGAUUUUCGGUGUCUUAAUCAAAUAUGGUACAUCUUACAGGUGAUGGCACCGAGUCCUAUUCUAUCAACUAUGCUUGGUUUCGUGAUUCAAAUAUUAUGUGUUUCAAUCUUCCUAUCCUACAGAUCCAUGUAUUCAGUUUUGGAUUUAUGACGAUCUUAGGCAGAAGGCAAAAGCAAAGUGGAGAAAAUUUUCAAUCAGGUAAUGAAAGAGCAAGAAAGACAAAGAAGAAGGCCUAACAUUUGGCAUCUGGAAAAGGGUAAUGAUCCUUUCUUUCUACAAAACAAGUUUUACUUUGAUACUUUCCUUUCCAUCCCCAAACAUGCUUUUUACGAUUCUUGUGAAGUUCUGUGAUGAAACACAAGAGUUCCACAGGAAAUUUGAAGGACUAUCAUUGUAUGGGAUUUCCCUUGUUUGGGAAUGAGAGUUGUGCAGAACCAGAUGGUCAGAAGCUUCUUCUUUUUCUGUCUUGUCUUGUCUUGUCUGUAACUUGUAGAAAUAGGACCACUCGCUGAUGAUGCAUGUGGCAUUUUCCUCCUCUCGUGUUAUUUUCGGACAGCGAACGCUCAGUGCUCGACUCGACAAAGGCGACGGUAAAUGUAAUGGAUCUAUGUGGUUCACAAGAAGCUUGUUCCUAUUUAUGGAUGAGCAUUUACCAAAUUCUUUC